GCUGCGACCUCCUCCGCGGCCAUCGUCUCGGACGCGGAGGCGUGCAAGCAGCUGCUCUCGAACAUCUUCCCGCCCCAGGUCCUGCGCCAGAUAGAAGAGCAGGAGCAGCGGCUGCUCCAGUACGACGGCGAGGGCGGCGAGGGCGGUGGCGAGGGCGGCGGCGGCGGAGGACCCGAGCGGAGCAUCGCCCAGCUGCACACAGGGUGCUCCUUCCUGUUUGCGAAGGUGGUCGGGCUGGCGGAGCUCGUUGGCGACCGCAUGCAGCGGCCCCGCACGAUCCUGCUGCUACUCCAGUCCAUCUUUGACCGCUUCGACCGCCUGACGGAGACGUUUAACGUGCAAAAGGUGCGCAAGACCGUCAACGAGUCCUACAUGGUUGCCGCCGGCCUUCCGGAGCCCGAGCUGCUCGGAUCGCCAAACAAGCUGUGA